CCGCCGCCUCUCCCCGGGGCUCGGGGCCGCGGUUCCUCUAGCCGCGGGAGCCGCCGCCGCGCUGCCCGAAACAAUGAGGCGUGCGGCACGGGGCUGAGCGUAGCCUCCCGCCGGCUUUGAGGCCGAGCUACCCGCUGUGCCCUGCCGCCCGCGCUUGCAGCCGUCGCCGGCGCGGAGCAGCGCUGGCCCCAGAGAGGUGAUUCGGCAGGCCGCCCGGGACGGGAGCGCGGGGCAGCUCCGAGACCCCACGGUGGCAGCUCCGAGACUCCACGGUGGCAGGAGGAGGACUCGAGCCUGCGGCAGGACGACUCCCGCCGUGCACUCGCCUUCUGCAGCCCCCAAGUUCCGCGGCGUGAGUCGGGAGACCCCGGCCAGGGUCCCAGCUCUAGCGGGCGUCAGUGUGAGUGUGGGAGCGCGUAGCGCGCGCACCCGAGCGGCUGCCGGGGAAUAAAAUGUGACACGCACGCCUCGGACUCCAGUGCCGCGCUGCCAGGGGGAGCGCCGAGCACCACGGUGUCGUGCGCUUCGAGGCGCAGCGUGGGGAGAAGGCUGGUUCAUUCUGCCACCCAUCUGCUUUAAGACACAAGGUGCUGACCGCAGAGACCUGCCAUGAAACCACACUUGAAGCAAUGGAGACAACGAAUGCUUUUCGGAAUAUUCGCUUGGGGGCUCCUCUUUUUGCUGAUUUUCAUCUACUUCACCGACAGCAACCCCGCUGAGCCUGUGCCCAGCUCCCUCUCCUUCCUGGAGACCAGGAGGCUCCUGCCGGUGCAGGGGAAGCAGCGGGCCAUCAUGGGCGCCGCGCAUGAGCCCUCCCUGCCUGGAGGCCCGGACGCACGCCAGGCGCUGCCCCGCGCCCACCUAGCCGGUUCCUUUCACGCGGGGCCUGGAGACCCGCAGAAAUGGGCCCAGUCCCAAGAUGGGUUUGAACAUAAAGAGUUUUUUUCAUCCCAGGUGGGAAGAAAAUCUCAAAGUGCUUUCUACCCGGAGGAUGACGACUACUUUUUUGCUGCUGGUCAGCCAGGGUGGCACAGCCACACUCAGGGGACAUUGGGAUUCCCUUCCUCCAGAGAGCCAGGCCCGCGGGAGGGGGCUUUUCCGGCUGCACAGGUCCAGAGGAGUCGGGUGAAGAAGAGGCACCGGAGGCAGAGAAGGAGCCACGUGUUGGAGGAGGGCGACGAUGGCGACAGGGUGUACUCCUCCAUGUCUAGGGCCUUCCUGUACCGGCUCUGGAAGGGGAACGUCUCCUCCAAAAUGCUGAACCCGCGCCUGCAGAAGGCGAUGAAGGAUUACCUGACCGCCAACAAGCAUGGGGUGCGCUUCCGCGGGAAGCGGGAGGCCGGGCUGAGCAGGGCACAGCUGCUGUGCCAGCUGCGGAGCCGCGCGCGCGUGCGGACGCUGGACGGCACCGAGGCGCCCUUCUCUGCGCUGGGCUGGCGGCGCCUGGUGCCCGCCGUGCCCCUGAGCCAGCUGCACCCGCGCGGCCUGCGCAGCUGCGCUGUCGUCAUGUCUUCAGGCGCAAUCCUCAACUCUUCCUUGGGCGAGGAAAUAGAUUCUCAUGAUGCAGUUUUGAGAUUUAACUCUGCUCCUACACGUGGUUAUGAGAAAGAUGUUGGGAAUAAAACCACCGUACGCAUCAUUAAUUCGCAGAUUCUGACCAACCCCAGCCAUCACUUCAUUGACAGUUCACUGUAUAAAGACGUCAUUUUGGUGGCCUGGGACCCUGCCCCAUAUUCUGCAAAUCUUAACCUGUGGUACAAAAAACCGGAUUACAACCUGUUCACUCCAUAUAUUCAGCAUCGUCAGAGAAACCCAAAUCAGCCAUUUUACAUUCUUCAUCCUAAAUUUAUAUGGCAGCUCUGGGAUAUUAUCCAGGAGAACACUAAAGAGAAGAUUCAACCAAACCCACCAUCUUCUGGUUUCAUUGGAAUCCUCAUCAUGAUGUCCAUGUGCAGAGAGGUGCACGUGUAUGAAUAUAUCCCAUCCGUGCGGCAGACGGAGCUGUGCCACUACCACGAGCUGUACUACGACGCAGCCUGCACCCUCGGGGCGUACCACCCACUACUCUAUGAGAAGCUCCUGGUGCAGCGCCUGAACACAGGCACGCAGGGGGAUUUGCAUCGCAAGGGCAAGGUGGUUCUGCCCGGCUUCCAGGCAGUGCACUGCCCUGCACCAAGUCCAGUCAUUCCACACUCUUAAAAAGGGUUUCUUGGGAAUCAAUGUGCAAUAAGGUACUACUGUUGUACUCAAAGUCACAAAAGAAUACUUGAAGAUAGAUUUUAGACAAUGUAGUUUUGAAUCUUUAAACUGUAAUUUAGUGGUGGUCAUGAGAAUUCUUCUCUUUCUAAGCCAUUGAGUAUGUAUUACUGCUUUGAACAUAGAAAUGGAUUUUUUAAAAAAUAAGGCUCAAGAAAGAUGCAAAACAAAGGAUAGCUAGAAAGAAAACACGUGUAUGACCAUGGGUAUGAUACGUCCAGAAAUGUUAACAACUUAUUCUUCUGCCAUGAGUACCCCUCAUCAGGGUUGGUUUCAAUGACAGGUUUUGGUGAUGUUCCUGACCAUAUGAAGUGGUUUAUGUUUAGAAACAUUCAAAUUGAGGGACAUCAUUUACAGCAUCGAGUGUGUCAGUUAUACAUGCAUUCAUCAUUAAAUAUCCUAGGUUUUAUGACAGACAUUGAGAUUAUCACUCAGAUGUGUUUAACAGCAAAAAUUCCCAGCACAUCCUGGCAAAGGCUCGUGUUUCCAACCGUUGCAUUCUUCAUCUCUGCCUCCCAUUGCCCACUGAAUGCUUUGCUUUCUGUGCAUCAAGACCGAGUUCUAAAACCAGAAAACAUUCAUCUUGAAGGGUCCAAGAAAAAGCCAAAUUCCGUAUAGCACCAGAGAGGAGGCCCUUUGUUUACCUGCAGUAUUUCAACCAGGGGAAUUAGUAUCACAUCCACCAGGAGGCACAUCACUGGCAAGUAACUAGAAUCACAGGGCUGCAGGUGCCCCUGGACACUCCCCGGUUCUGGCUUUUCUGCCUUGUACCUCCUCACCUGCAGAUCUACCCUGCAGCUUUUGCAUAGUCAGUGACACACUUGACAAUUGGCACAGCUGUGCUGGGGAACACAGGAGACACCUUGCUCCUUCCAAACUAGAAGGAAAGAUUUCGGAGCCAUCACCCUGUGCUUCUAGGGAUGCACACCUGUCUUUAUUUUACAGGUCUCUUGCAGGUUUUUAUCAGCCAGUGGGAACUCCACAGUGAUGAGCACUGAAUCUUCACUAAAUCUUCCUACAGACAUUUAGGAAUCCAGUCCUUGCUUUCACAGAUAUGUUUUACGUCAGCAGCAUGACAAAGCCAUAUAAUUAAAUAAUUUAUGUGAAAGCAUUGCUUAUUAACAAGGAAAAUAUAUAGAUGCUUCAGAGGGAAAGGCAGCUAGAGGGAAAUUUUCAUCCCAAUAUGUUAGCUAUAUUCAGGGUUGAUUUUUUUUUAAUCUCAACUGUCACUGAUACAUUGAAAAAUUUUUGCUAUGAAUGUAGUGAAACAGAAACAUUUUGUAAUACCUUAAUUAAACAUGCUAUUAUUUCAAUGUAUAACCAAAACAUAUCUCCAUGGUACAGUUAAGACUUGCUGCAAUGACAAUAGCAGCUUAAUUAAAAGCGUUCUCCCUUGCAAAGUGUAUGAAUGUCAGGAGAGUUUAGUGGAAAAGUUUUCUUUGUUUCAGGAUUGGUUUCUUCUAGACUGUUCUCGGGACUACUUUCUUGAGCAAGAAUGGCUUACAGAGACUGAAGGCUUCUGUUUGGUUAGUCUAUUCAGCAGAUAUGGAGCUGGAUAACAAGACAUCUCCUAUAGCUUGUUAUAAUAGUGAAGGAGAAACUGGAAAGUUUUAAUCACAAUAAUAUCCAAUAAAAGCCCAUUUUGAGAGUUUUGCUAUUAAGUCAAUGAGAAGGGAUAGGUAACUUUGUCCUAUAUAUUAACUUAUGUCUAAAUAGACAUGGUUAAGCCAUGUUCCUUUCUAAUUUCUUUUUUUUUUUUUUUUUUUUUGAGACAGAGUCUCACUCUGUCGCCCAGGCUGGAGUGCAGUGGCAGGAUCUCAGUUCACUGCCAGCUCCGCCUCCCGGGUUCACACCAUUCUCCUGCCUCAGCCUCCCGAGUAGCUGGGACUACAGGCACCUGCCACCACACCCGGCUAAUUUUUUGUAUUUUUAGUAGAGACGGGGUUUCACCAUGUUAGCCAGGAUGGUCUCGAUCUCCUGACCUCGUGAUCCGCCCACGUCAGCCUCCCAAAGUGAUGGGAUUACAGGCAGUGAGCCACCGAGCCUGGCCGUUCCUUUCCAAUUUCUUGAAAGAACUUGGUUUUGUCCUUAUGUUUACAUGUGUGUAAUAAGUUCAGCAACUCUGGAAUGUGGGUGAGGUGGCUCUGGUGGAUGAAUAUUACCCCCUACCAUCCUUGGAUCUUUCUAGACCUUCCAGGCCAUUAAAUGCCCCUGACUAUUGAAGCUCCUUUUAUAGUUUUGCAAGUGGAUUUACUUGUAGGCAUCCUUACUAUCCAGCACAAUCCCCCUUGGCUGACAUGAGAACUUGCUUAGAGGAGAAUUUAUUGGGGUCAGUGUAAAUAUUCAAGUUCAAAAGCCUCAGAACCCCACACUUUAAAGAUUUUUAAAUAGAAUUUUGUUGUAAUCAUUGUAUUUUUAAAAUAGUACUUUCAGUUUCAUUGAGGUUACAAGAAAGACUGAAGAGUACAAAGGAAAUUUAAUUAUAAUUUUUGCAUUUAUUAUGGCCUUAAAGAUUCUUGGGAAUCAGGGUCUGUUCACCAGUCAAUAAAUGUAAUACACAUAUUAAUAUAGUACUGACUGGGCAUUCUUCUAUAAAAGUUUAAGUUAUUUAGCUUCUAAGAAAAUGUUAGGCAGUUAUAGUUAACGUGAUGACUACUUCUAGUAUUAGCCAAAUGGGUCCUAAGUGGCAGUAUUUUGCCAGACAUUGACUAAAUCCUUACAUGCCACAUUUACUGAAUUCCAAUAAACACACAGUUCUUCUGUGGAGUAGUUAACAAUAAGUGGCAGCUCACUGAAUUUCUCCCAGGUUCUGUCUCUUCCAAAAUCCUCCAUCCUCUCUUAUGAAGGGAAGCUGAUUAAAAAAAAUCCUCUUGGUGCAAGCUGAAGCUGUUAAAGAUUCCUUUUUUCACUCUCAGGACCAACAAACAUUCUUUUGUAUUUCAAGAUAACUUCACCCGUUGUUGUUGUUGUUGUUGUUGUUGUUAUCACGAAGAAACAAACUUUCGGGUAACCUUUAACAGACCUGGUCUUCUCAUGGAAUACCAAUGCUCUUCCCAGGGAGUUGACCUUUCCCACUAUGUCCUUACAGAGCUGCUUUUACAGAAAACUUUGUGCUCAGGACCAAGGGAUGGUCAAUUAAAAGUUGCAUAUAAGCAUCAGGCUUGUGCAUUAAAAUAGGCAAGGAAGGGCUUUUAUACAUCUUUGAAUGACCAGGUCUUUCCUUGUCUGCCUGAAGGCAGAGCUUUGAGAGACAGCACUUCCCAUGUGUCUGGUCCUCUUGGUCUCUCAGCCGACACUUAAUCAAUCCUGGACUCUCCAGUAGUCCUCAGUCAUUGUAGCCAUAGCAUCUGCAAAAAAAGAAAUGCUAAAAUAAUCACUAGCAUUUUCAAAAUUAGGAAAUCAAAGUAGCUGGGUCACUCUCUUACAUGUGUAUGAGCCAGUUCAUUCUGCUGGGGCAGAUCGUACUUAUGCUGCUGAUUGACUCUUCUGAGCAGUAACACAUCUCCUGAAUUAAUUAGGUAGGUCCCGUUUGGGCGCAUUAAGUGGGAUCGGUCUUAGAUAUCUGAGUGCCAGUAUGUGAUAGAAGAAUUUCAUACGCACAAAUGCCAUGAUUCAAGUUCUCUCUCCAGUUUUUCUUAUAGAUCAACACACAGUACAUGUGGUCAGUUACUUGGUUGAAUUUCUGCUUAGCUGUGGCAAGAAACAGAGAAAGGGAGUGAGGUGGGACCAGGGGAAUUAUCAGAGAGACAUGAGUGAACCUAUUGACCAGGUAGCUUCCAAGUAUGUUCUAUUGUGUUGUCUGUUUCGAUUUCUGCCUUUCUGAUAGUUUAGAACUCUUACCCACUGGUUACGUGACUGAUCAAGGCAACUCCAUCUGGAAAUUAAUUGCUUAGGUAAAAUGUCCCUGAGUUUCAACUUGUCUUUUAUACUCUGGAUAUUCUCUUAUGAGAUUAUUAUGCAUGUUUCUGUCACAUGGGCAUUAUUUACACACUUGAUAAAUGAAAGGUAUUUCUCUGUCUGUUCAAGGAAAUAAAAUGUAAGUUCUUGCUUUAUUAAAUGAAUGAAGCCUUUUGGUUAAAAAAAAAGUAAUCUAAUAUGUUUCUGUUCAAACUUGAGCUAAUGACAUUUAAAGAAUUAAAGACAUUGAUCUAGUUCUUAGUAUAAAAAGUGUACAUGUAGUAGAUACAGUUAUAUAAUUGUGUAUAUACAUAUCUACACACAUGGUUGGUUUUAUAUUGCUUUUUCAUCAAUAUUUUUGACUGAAACCUUUACAGUAAAUUUUAUUUUAAUUAUGUAACCACUAAUAUUUUGAGAGAAGGAAGCAAAUGUUGUAUGUCCUUCUGUUAAAAGAAAAAAAAAUUCAGUCCUCCACCAACCGCUUCCCACACAUUCAUACUCUGCACAUCUUGGCUAUGUUAAAAUGGUCUGACAGAAUUAUUGAAAAGGCACUAUGAAGGUAGAACACUACCUUAAUAUUUUAUCCUAGUCAGAAGCCUGAUUUAACACUGAACUUUGAAGGGAAGCUUAGCUAUAGCUCAUGGCUUUCAAAGAUUAGAAACAUUUACUGGUUCUAUGGAAAAUAGUCUUCUUGCUAGGUAGAUUUGAAACAAAGAAAUUGCAUUGGUGGUGUUAAAAUCUAACCUUUAUAACAAAUCCUGUUUUACUCUAGAUGAAAUACUUAGACAAUUCUUCCGGUGGAAACCAGUGAACUUUUUUAACAGCUUUGGGAAUUCUUUUGUAUGAUAAUUUUUAAAAUGAAAUGUGUACUCUUCAAACUAAUUAAGGCUUGAAGUUUUCCAGGAGUCACAUUUUAAAAGUGUUUGUACACAUUUUAACACUUUGAUAUUUUCUAUUUUGGUUUUGUAUAUUUUUAUGUAUACACAAUGUACAGACUUUUUUCUUGUAAAUAAAACAUGUUUUCAUUUGUCUAGAA